AUGACUCCCGAAUCAUUAAAUGUAAUUGCACUCAUUUCGGGAGGUAAAGACAGCUUCUUUAAUCUGCUUCACUGCAUUCGUCAUGGGCAUCGCAUCGUGGCCCUGGCAAAUUUGUAUCCAGUGGUAGAUGAUGCAAAGCUUAUCGAGGAAGACCUGAAUAGCUUCAUGUACCAGACGGUUGGGCAUGAAGUCAUCCCACUCUAUGCUACCGCAACUGGCCUACCCCUCUAUCGACAGCCGAUUCGCGGCGGGGCACUGCAUCAUGAACGGGAUUAUGAUUAUUCGUCUGGAGAGCGGAAUGAUGCGCCCUCGAAAGUUGAUGAGACCGAGUCAAUGCUGCUUCUGCUCCAAGCUAUCAAAGCCCGCCAUCCCGAGGCAAACGCCCUCUGUUCCGGAGCUAUCCUGUCUACUUACCAACGGACUCGAGUUGAGUCGAUAGCUGUAAGACUUGGUCUCACUCCUUUGGCAUAUCUUUGGAAAUACCCUGUUCUUCCACCUCCUGCAAACGAGGCUGCAGAUGAGGCUCAGUUGCUGCGUGAUAUGGCUGUCGCUGGGCUCGAUGCUCGGAUCAUCAAGGUUGCAAGCGCAGGCCUCGAUGAAGGUCAUUUGUGGGAACGAGUGUCAAGUAUUGAAGGAGUAAAUCGAGUGAAGAGCGCUCUGAGAAAGUUUGGUGCGGCUGAAGGCGCUUCUUUGGGCGAAGGAGGCGAGUUUGAGACGCUUGUAUUGGAUGGGCCGUCGUGGUUGUUCAAGAAGAGCAUCUCAAUUCCCGAGGAAAGGCGGACAGUUAUCAACGAAGGGGGUGGCUCGACUUGGUUGAUGCUUCGGGGAGCCCAUCUUGAGGAUAAAUCAGAGGAUUCUGACGUUGAUGCGAGCCCAGAAUCAUCCGUCAGAGCCCCCGAGCUACUGGACUCAAAAUUUCAAUCAAUAUUGGAUACAAUUUCAAGCAUAAAAGAGGUUGAGAAUACCAACCCUUCUGCAGAUCGAACUUCUAUCGAAGCAGAAAUGCAAUCUGUCGUCAGUCAAAUCAGGGAGUUGCUCUCCUCUUCGUCUCUUGAUGCGGCUCAAAUCACCAAUACAACCAUUAUUCUUCGUAACAUGGCGGACUUUCCAAGAAUCAACGCAGAAUAUGGCAAACUCUUUACAAGGCCGAACCCGCCAUCUCGAGUCACAAUCUCCUGUGGCCCUCUACUUCCGCCUGGCUACAACGUCAUGGCGUUUCUCAUAGUACCAAAGUCAGGGGUCAACUCUCACAGGAAUGGCCUUCACGUUCAGUCUCGAUCGUAUUGGGCCCCGGCAAAUAUUGGUCCGUACAGCCAAGCUAUUGACAUUUCUGCAUCGGCAAAAGCAGACGAGACUGGUGUACGUGCCAUAUACAUCGCUGGCCAGAUUCCCUUGAUACCUGCGUCAAUGUCGUUGCCGCCUCUAUCGGAGACCAGUUACGCCAUGCAGAUUGAUCUAUCCUUGCAACAUCUAUGGCGGAUCGGGCUUGAGAUGAAGGUUCAGCUCUGGAGCAGCGCUGUAGCCUACUUUGCCAAGUCAUCGUCACCCGAUGAAAUGAAACGCUAUGCCAAAGCUGCUGGUCUCGCGUGGAAGCUAGCUCACGGGUCACCGGAGGAUGACGAAGAUGAUGAAAGCGAGUUGGACCCUUGGGAUCUUAAGCACAACUCUCAAUACGCCUCACUGGGGAGCAGCCAAGAGAAUGCUCGCGCAAAACUACCUGAUUGGUCCAUCUUUACAUUGAGACAGCAGAACGAGCCAGACUCGUGCAUCCCUCCCUUUUUCGCCGCUGAAGUGGAGGAGCUCCCUCGACAGUCCCUUGUAGAGUGGCAUGCGCAUGUUGGUCUAUCGAAAAUCGAAGAGAGCAGCGCAGAGAUUGUGGCAUGGCACACGUUUGUUCGCACAGAGAAAGCCACGCUAGUAUACACAACGCUGGCUCACGUCCCAUCGCCUGACCACGGAGACGGCAGUUGGGGCGACUUACAAGAAGAGCUCUCCGCUUCAUACGCAAGUUCAGUAAGGGCUCUUGGGCUGGCGCCUCUGGCGCAUUUCGCAACCCCUCAUCUGGCGUAUGUAGAGGCCACCAGCGUCACAUUGCUGUCGUCGGAUGUCGGCGAUGCUGGGCCGUCGGUGCCCUUUGCGACGAUUCCGUGCCAUACACUCUGGUCUGUGGGAGGAGAGAGGAUAAAAUGCGUGGCAUUGUAUAAAAUGGUUCUGGGGCAGUCGCAGACAGAUUAAAUAACAAGGUCAGCGAAAAAGAAGAAACGAUUCUCAAACAUUACGCCGGCAAUGGCAUUUGAUACCCGUCCGAGUCUGUCGUUGAAACGAUGCAGCGAGAGCCCCGACGAGCCGACGAAGGUGGGUUGCGCCGCACACCAAAGCGCCAGACAGCCCCACGCCCGUCAGACGAUCUAUAAGCCAAGAUGCGAACUUCCUUCUCUGCCUGGGCAUGGGCAGGACUACUGGUCGCGUGUGACCUCUUAGCUGGGACUUGAGAAUGACACGGCGCUUGGAGGAAGCUGGCAUCAGCGCAGAUCCAGUCUUGACCAUGGCGUCGCUGGCUAAGAGACGAGUGAGAGGGAUUCACGGACAGUCAAAGGCCAGAGGCAACAUGUAGUCGAAAUGGAAACGUCAAUAUCAAACUGAAAGCUGCACCGGCACUUAUACGGAGUACGUUGAGGCGUAUUGCUGGCACAAUGACGUAUAUAGCGCGGCUUGCAUCGCGGAUCUCGCUGCUCGAAGGGCUGACGGAGACCGAGUGGCCACUGACGGCGGGAGGGAUAAGUCACCACUUAUCUGUGCAUUGAACUAGUUAUACCGCGCGGGAGCCAAUUUAUUUCUAAAUUCCAG